GGGCCGUCCCGGUCUCAGGAGACUCGAGCGACACCGGCCACCGAGGAGGGAGGAAUCCAGACCUGGACCUCCAUUUCCUGGAAUUUGAUUUGUCAACGUCUGGCAUCGUCUUUCAGGUACUGUGCAAGGCAGCAGCCCCACUAUGACCUCUUGGGUUUCGAGGCUGCUUCCUAGGAAUGGCCGUUCCUUGGCUACAGCAUCAGAGAACCAGCGAGCUGAGGAUCGCCAUCGGCACCAGGAGGCCUACGGGUACUUCUUGCCCAUCCAGACGAGGUGGCAGGACAAUGACCAGUACGGCCACGUGAACAAUGUUGUGUACUACAGCUAUUUCGACACGAUUAUCAACCAGUAUUUGAUCAGGUACUGCGGCCUGAAAACCGGCUUGCUGACGUCCCCCAUGGUGGGCUUCAUGGUGACCAAUCAGUGCACCUUCCACACACCGGUCAGCUUUCCUCAGAUCCCAGCGGCUGCGCUGGCCGUGGAGAAAGUGGGUCGCUCCAGCGUGCACUACCGCCUUGCCCUGUUCCCCCCUAAGCCCACCAAGGAGACGCCUUCCAUCAGCCACUGGGACCUCAGCGAUGGCUUCUUCUUCGGCCACCCCAAGCUGGCUCACUUUGCCUCUUUGGCCUGCACCACAGGGUCUUCAGUCCAUGUCUUUGUCAAUCCAGCCACCAGCAAGCCGGUGGGCCUUCCCGAAGACUUCCGGAGGGGCCUCCUGAGGCUGAUGAGCCCAGCUCCAGGGUGA